UCCUAGCUGCGCACCUUCAACCAGCUGACCGCUGAAAACACACACGAGCGCUGUCAGAACCGCUCCAGAGCCAAACUCUGUCCCGAACCCAGCGCUCGGGCUUGCUACAGUGACCCUGCGUUAGAGAUGGCGGAUCUGAGCGCAAUACGGCAGGAACUUAGAACCAGAAAUCAGAACAGUUCUUUCGAUGGCCCUCGGUGCAUGUCCCCCCAAAAAGAUGAGCUACAAAAACUGGCUGUUCCGUUCUGCGGCAGCAUACAGGGCGGGAUGCGGCCGGGGAAGAAAAUCACGAUCAUGGGCAUCAUGAACCCAGACCCGGACAGUUUUGACAUCAGUCUGACGUGCGGUUGCGGAGACGUGGCUCUGGACAUGUGUGUACAGUUUGAAGACCGUGAGAUUUUGAGGAACGCUUGCGUUUCGGAUACCUGGGGAGAAGAGGAGAGAUCAAUACCAUAUUUCCCCUUCAUCGCAGAUCAGCCUUUCAGAGUGGAGAUCCAUUGUGAGCACCCGCGUUUCCGUGUGCUUGUAGACGGUCACCAGCUCUUUGACUUCUAUCAUCGCGUGUCACCGCUGACAGCGAUUGACACCAUACAGAUCAGCGGCAGUCUGACCAUCACCAAGCUCAACUGAGGAGAACUGCAUUGAACAUCUUCAUUGCAUUUAUGUCAUGUUAUGUCAUCACGAGCACAACCCAUCUGUGAUCCACUGUAAACAGGGGAACCUUCUAGAAUCGCACAGCUGGAUCUCUAGAAUCUAUGGAGGAAGUUUAUUUAAAUAUGCAUUUGUUGUAGCACCAUGGGACAAUGAAACGCUGUAUGUGCUGAUAAAGAUACUGUAUAUGUGAGCGUACUUCCUGAUUUGAGAAUGUAAUUGUCCAGCGAAUGUGCUCAGAAGAAUAGUUAUAAACAGAGUGAUGUUGAGUUACAUGUGUAGAGAUAUUACAGGAAUAGUGCUUUUUCUUUUAUUUAUAAUUGUACAUUAAUAUAGACUAGCACUUCUGUUUGAGAGCUAGAGUCACUGAUGAUGUGUAGUAGAUGUAGGUGCUGUUGUUUAUUCCACUCAAAUGUUUUUUAAAGGUUUGUGAAUAUUUAUUGUCAUCAGUGACCACACAGUGUUUCAUGGCAACAUCGACUGAAUUCACACACACUUUCCCCCCGAAUUAUUCUGUAAUUAAAUCAAGAUUUCAAAUAAAUAUGUUGGACCGU